UCAGGAUUCGCGUCUCGCUCGCGCGAGAGGAAGAGUGAGCGCGGCGCGGCGCGGAGCGUCCCGUCUACCCACACGCACGGUGCACAAUAAGAAUCAGGCCGAAGGAUCGUGUUCGCGCGCACGCACACGUGUAUAACCCCCUGUUUGUGCUGGCGGUAACAUCCCACGCCGUGCGACACACACCAGAGAGAAAGACAGAGCGAGCGACAGAACGGCAAGAGGUAGGGAGAAGUACGAUCGGCGCGUUCUCCAGGCGAAAGAGGUUCGUGUGUGCUGUGCACGUACACGUACGCGUCGUGGGCAAACGGCGGAGAGACGGAGAGGAACGGAGCACCGGCGGUGUGGUCACUAGGGCCGGCGAACGGUCGUCGAUGCCACAUCGACUCGCGGUACCGGACCGAGAGCAUCGGUUCAACGAGCACUUACCAUUCUCGAUCGCGUCACGCGCGCCGCCUCUGCCCCCGUGCUUUUGCACCGAGAGAUAACGCCGCUUAAGACGAACCGGGACAACGUACACACACACAAACGCGUGCACGCGAGAAUAACAGCGAACAGCGGCGAGCACAGCUAGCCAGGCAGAGGGAAGAAGCAGAGAGAGGGACGCAGGAGGAAGAAACGAAUCGCAGGUACGCGCACCAAGCCGACGAAUACCUCAGGGACGAAGAGAAACGAGUUUGCGAACGGGACCGGUCACGGUGUGGAUUCUUCGGUCCGGGAGAUCGACGCGUGUGUCCCCUAACAGCCAGUGACUAGUAAACAUUAGAACCAUUUACGUUGCUCACCUGUUUCUCCGUCGUUUAUCUUAUUCGCGCGUGGUUCGGUGGUCUUCGCGAGGUGUCGAUCGUCGCAUGAGAAGGACCGAUAAGCCAGUGAACGCGAGCGGCGCACCCUCGAAAUGACUAUACACAAGAGCAGCGCGAGGACGAGGACCAAGGGCAAGGAGCUAGCGUCCAGCGCACAGGACACGACUACCAUGGAGACGGUGGAAGUGGUGUCCACGAGCGUCGUUGAGGAAGCUAGCCAGGUAAUGGAGAGCGAGUCUAGGAGCAGCACGAUGGAAGUAACCAGCUCCAGCCGGGAGGUCGUCAUGGAUUCUAAGGGUAACGUGAUCAAGGUGAUCGAGAGUGACCCUAGAACGAUCGGCCAUAGCACGUCUAGCUACAGAGCAGGCAAGAGCUCACAGGAUUUCAUAGCAACGGAGCAAACGCAGUUGCUCAAACAAGGGAAACCUAUCCAAGACGGUCGACGAAGCACGAACGAGAUCGAGAUCUCUUCGGACGCCCUUCGUCGUGCAGAAACAUCCGGACAAAUGAGCAGAGUGUCCGAGUCCCGGAGUCACGGGGAGUCUCGCAUGGAAACUGUUCAACAGUCGAGCUUCUCUACGGUACAGACGUCGGAUGAUCAUGGUCAUGUUUCGACGACCAAGAUCUCCAAGGGUGUGACGAACGGCGACGAGCCGCGUGUUCACACAUCCUCCAAAUCCUACGAGUCGAAAUCGGCCAGCCACGAGACUCGCGAGGAGGUCACCAAAGACGGCCAGACGGUUUCCAGCAUGACGAGGAUCCGCGAGUCCGGCGAGAGGCUGGACGACAAUGGUCAUGUGAGCGCCACACAGAGCCGCAGCGUCGACAACGAGACCACGGCCGUGCCCUCGGGCCCAGGUCGCCGCAUUGACGGCGGCAAGGUCAUCGAAUCCAGCGUCGGUGAAAGCGACGCGAAGGAAACCGUCGCCCGUUGCAACAAGCCGGGGCAGUCCGCGUGGGAUGGCACGUUCGUCAGCGAAAGUCCGCCACCGGCUAGGGACAGGGCUGCGACGCCACGGGGGGACACCGCGGCGAAAGUAGAUCGGCUGGUUUCCGGGGCGGUCUCGCGGGACGUCGAGUCGGCCGUUGAAAUCACCGAGGCGAGUUCAGUGAUCGACCAUCGUGUCUCGUCCACAUCGACGGUGAGUCGCGACUCGAAGGUCCUCGUCGACGAAGGUAGGACAACUUCUAGCUCCGUGGAAAGCCACGAUAGGAAUGUCGGCAGGCUUUCGCAGGAAUCGAGACAGGUCGAGCCGAAAGCUUCCGGCAGACGAUCCAGGCCUGGAGACUCCUCUUGGGACGGCACCUUCGUGAUGGAGAAGCAUCCUGAGCCGAGGACGAGGAACGUCUCUGAUGCCACUAUUUUCCAGCAUCCUGAUGGAAGUAAUGUUGUAGAAUCGACGCAGAGGACUGAUUUGAGAGAGAAAAGCACCGAUGGGUCGUACGAGAAGAUGUCCACGAACGUUGUCCAUGUGGUUCAGGGAGCUACCGAGUCCUCGAGAUUUAUCUCUGAGGAACGGAGGGACGUUACACAGGAGUUUCACGUUGACGGGAAACUGGUGAGCGAAGAGGACGCUUCGAAGGACAGGUCCUCGGUGACUAAGAGGAUCGGUAGACCUGGGGAUUCAGCGUGGAACGGUAAAUUCGUGUACGAAAAGCCUCAGGAGACUACGAAGAGGUCCACGAAGGAUGAGAUGGUUGUCAAGAAGAGCGACAAGCGGCUAGAUACUGUGGACGUUCAGGACAUCACUGAAGAGCACAAUGUUUCUAGCAUGUCCGAGUCCGUUUCGACCUCUUAUGUAGUUGAGUAUGCCAGUUCCAGUGACGAGAAGGUCAAAAACGUGGAGAAGGUAACUUCUGUCUCGGAGACGAUCUUUGAAGAGGAUUCCGGGGAGUUUAGAUCGUCCAAUCGUUUUGGUAGUCCGGAGAAAACUAUGAAACUGGACUCGUCGACGCGCAACUACAGACCUGGCCAAUCGACCUGGGACGGUAGUUUCGUUCGCGAGAAACCUCAAGCUCCUGAACGUCGCCGGAAAAUGGACACCCGUCAUGCGACAGAUUCCGUGAUCAUUAGGGAUGUCACUGAGGACAACACGAUCAAUGAGGCGGAGUUGUCGAGUGCGUCCUACGUGGUCGAGCACUCGUCCAGCACGCAGAGCUUCGCCGACAUCAGGGACUCGAGUCUCUCUUCGGUGCACGAGAUCAUCAGCGACAGCGCCGUGCAGGCGGAUAAGCUGUCCAGCAGACCAGGGAGUCCUGAAAAAACGCCGCGAGCAAGGGACACGCGAGUCACAAAGCCUGGGUCGUCCACAUGGGACGGGACCUUCGUCCCAGAAAAAUCGCCUGACACGAAGAGACCACCUAGCAGGGAGUCCGUUACUGAUAGAUCAGUGGUUUCAGAAAAAUCACCGGACACGAAGAGACCACCUAGCAGGGAAUCCGUUACCGAUAGAUCAGUGGUUCCAGAAAAAUCGCCUGAUACGAAGAGGCCACCUAGCAGAGAGUCCAUUACAGAAAGAUCCGUAGUUCGGGCAACGAUUGAUGAUGUCCCAGUCGCCAGACCCAGGAAACACGUCAGCGAUACCACCUUGAACCUCCAGGACAGUUUGGUGUCCAGCACGUCGGCUAUGAUCAGCAACUCGAUCGUGGUGGAACAGUCCAGCGUACAGGAGAGUUACUCGGACUCUUCGAACACAGACUUCUCUACCAGCUCAGUGGAAACGGUUAUCAUCCGCGAUGGCGUGCCUACGUCCACCAGGAAGACCGUUACCAUUGAGCAGGGACCUAAGACUCCUGAGAAGAAACCUUCGGAACCCAGCGAACCUAAACGACCGGAAGACCUAAAGUCGCCUGGAAAACGUCCUGAUACUCCUGAUAAAACUGAUAGAUCCGUCAGACCUUCGAAACCGGGUGCUUCCACCUGGGACGGGUCAUUUACUUACGAGAAACCUGUCGAGAAGCCACUUGACAAGAAGAAACCGAUUGAUACAUCACGCACAACGAAACAGAUCCCUGUUCAACCUUCGCCAACGGAUACUGCAAAGGUUCCUGAAGACAAACCGACUUAUCUCACUAAAAAGUCGAUCACUUUGUCGGAUACCUCUAGGGACGUGCAGACAUCUGAAUUCACUACUUCCACCACAUUAGAGCGUACCCUUGUCUCUGAUAAUAUUUUAGAUACGAGUGAAGUGUUCACGAAAAUUAUACGCGACACCGAUGAUAGAAAACCUAAGGAACCCGAGAAAGGUCCUCGAGAAAACAUCUCAGGAUUGCAGAUUCGGGAACAGCCUGAAGAUGGUAGAAAGUCUCCAGAAAAGGGUCCUAAAGGUUCAGAAAAGAGUCCUAAAAGUCCAGAAAAAGUUCCUAAGAGUCCAGAAAAGACUCCGACGUCAGCUCGGCCGACAAAAUUAGGAGCUUCUACUUGGGACGGUUCCUUCGUGUACGAAAAGCCGCAAGAUCAGAAGAAAGAAGUUCCUGAUCGGAAGAAAGACGUCCCUGAUCAGAAAAAGGGACCUUGCGACGAAGCAAAGUCGCCGAAGGAUUCUCCCGUAAAAGGAGCGCCCAAGGAUAAGCCGGACUCGUUGGUCCCCAAAAAGGAUGACACGUACGUUUCUGUUAUCGAACGCGACUUGAAGGAUGUCAGGGAUGUCAAAGAGAUGACGGACUUCGAAAUGAUCCAGCGAUCUUCAUACGUGAUCGAUCAAUCGUCCAGCUUCACAUCGGUGCAGGACGCUCGCGACGUGGUCGAGGAGCGCGUCAUCAGUGAAUUCACCACGGACACGCGUAAAGAUGUGAGAGAUGUCACUAAAUCAACGACCGAAUUCAUCGACAAAGAGCAGGUGACUAGUAUGGUAGCGCGGGAUGUCGUCGACGACGCCCGGUUCGACAAGUUUGCCAGCUCGGUACCAAGAUCCCCAGUCGAUUCUCCGCGGAAAACCUCGCCAGAGAGGCCAGGAUAUCCACGUGGAAUCCCUGGGCUUAGGGAGGACGAUCGACCGAAACCGAUCCCGGCCGCUGGGAAACCAAGUCGACCUCCUCAACGCGAAGACAGUCCCAAAAGAACCCCCGUGGGCAGAUCGCAGUCGCCGGAUAAGCCUCGCGAUUUCGUCUCGCCCGCGGGGAAACCGUUACCAGCGGCGGGAAAACCGAGUCGGCCCGAGGAACGGCCGACACCUGGGAAACCAUCUCGACCGGAGGAAACGGCCGGGAAACCCUCACGUCCCGGCGAUAAACCGAAAAGGGGUGAUCAGACACCCGACUCCCUCGACGAGGACGACGUUCAGCCGGAGAAGCUGCCAGAUAUUCUGUCGAAGAUCCCUUUGAAGGAGCAAUGCAUCUGCGAGCUCUGCACCUGCGGACUGCAUCGUUGCCCGCACAACCUUCCGCAGGACCAUUUGGAGAUUCCCCGUGAGCCUGUGCACGCAGUGAGCUCGUAUCGCGAGGAGUUCGACGAGAAACGUGUUGACAGGCAGACCAUCUACCACCAUGAAGAUCACUUGCGGAUGGAGGGCGACUUCAUCGGCGAGAGGCGGACAGAUUACGUGGCGACGAGGGGUGAGAGGGCACCGGUGAGGAAACCGCAGGAUCACCUGAAGCCCGAGGGUGAAUUCGUCGGUAGGCCGAAGGAGGAGGCGCCGACCAGGGGUGAAAGGGCUCCGGUGACGAAGCCGAAAGAUAACUUGAAACCCGAAGGUGAAUUCAUUGGCAGGCCAAAAGAGGAGGCGCCGAAAUAUGGAGAUCGCGCGCCGGUCAAAAGGCCACAGGACAACCUCAGACCCGAAGGAGAAUUUGACACCACGACUACAACGGAGCUGGUGUUCACCGGAACGCCCGGUGAGCGACCGAGUCCGGUUCGUCGUAACACGUACACGAAGGUCGAGGGUGAAUUCAUUGACGCGACCACCACGAGGUCGGAGUACAUCGAUCAUCGUACCGUGCAGCGUGCUGAGAUCGUCAAGCGGACGGACAACCUCACGGUGGGAGAGGGUGAAUUCACGGGUGCCUCUCAUCUCAAGGAGGAUUUCCACAGUUACGACGUGAUCGAACGAGAACCUCGACGACGGCUCACGUACGGCGAUGAGGAUGAGGACCGGUUCUACAGUAAGACCGACGUGGUCGAGAGCACCACGACCACGCAGGAGCAAUAUCGCACGUUCGACCAGAUGGAUUACAGGAGUACCGCCGUGUUCAGACGAGAUGACAACUUGAAACCAGAAGGACCAUUCGAGGGUGUUCCCCACACGAAGGACGACUACGUGGUGCCAGCGAUAACCAGGAGACCGGAGCCGCAGAAGCCGAAGGAUAAUUUGAGGCCGGAAGGAACAUUCGAGGGAAGGCCGAAAGACGAUUACAUGCCAACAAGGGGUGAAAGGGCGGACGUGAAGAGACCGCAGGACAACCUGAGACCCGAAGGACCAUUUGAAGGACGUCCCAAAGACGACUUUUCGCCUAAAAGAGCUGAAAGACCUGAAUUCAAGAAGCCUCAGGAUAAUUUGAGACCCGAGGGACCCUUCGAAGGUCGUUCUAAAGAUGAUUACGUGCCAACAAGAGGCGAACGUGCGGAUGUUAAACGUCCAGAGGAUAAUCUGAGACCGGAGGGACCGUUUGAAGGAAGACCAAAAGAUGACUUUUCACCUAAAACAGCUGAAAGACCUGUAGUGAAGAGGCCUCAGGAUAAUUUGAGACCGGAGGGUCCAUUUGAAGGAAGGCCUAAGGAUGAUUAUAAGCCUACGAGAGGUGAAAGGGCUGAUGUUAAACGGCCGGAAGAUAAUCUAAAACCCGAAGGACUCUUCGAGGGACGGCCUAAAGACGACUUCACACCGAAGUCAACUGAACGUCCAGAUGUGAAGAGACCACAAGAUAACUUGCGACCAGAAGGACCGUUUGAAGGACGUCCAAAAGAUGAUUUCUCUCCGAAAUGGGCUGAACGUCCUGAGGUAAAAAGACCAGAGGACAAUUUGAGACCGGAAGGACCAUUCGAAGGUCGUCCUAAGGAUGACUACAAGCCGACCAGAGGUGAAAGAGCAGACGUAAAGAGACCUCAAGAUAACUUAAGACCAGAAGGACCUUUCGAGGGUCGUCCGAAAGACGAUUUCUCACCAAAACGUGCCGAACGUCCGGAUGUCAAGCGUCCAGAGGAUAAUCUGAGACCUGAAGGUCCAUUCGAAGGUCGCCCGAAAGAUGAUUUCACUCCGAAAUGGGCUGAACGUCCUGAAGUCAAGAGGCCACAAGACAAUUUGAGGCCAGAAGGUCCCUUCGAAGGACGUCCAAAGGAUGAUUUCUUGCCUAAGACAGCGGAACGUCCGGAAGUUCGAAAGCCUCAAGACAAUCUUCGUCCUGAAGGUGUUUUCCAGGACCGUCCUAGGGAUGAAUAUACACCUGCCGAACGUCCAGAAGUCAAGAGGCCUCAAGACAACUUACGUCCUGAGGGUGAAUUUGAGGUCCCACAAAAGCCUGUGUUCGGUCCUGCCGAGAGACGUACACCCAUCAAGCAUCCCGACAACCUUCGUCCCGAGGGAGACUUCGAAAGACCAGAUCACGAAGAGUAUCGUCCAGCCGAGAGACCAGAUGUGAAGAAACCUAGAGACAAUCUGAAACCUGAAGGUGACUUCGAGCGUCCACAGCCUGAGAAGGUUGCUCCAGCUGAAAGGAGGACACCCAUCAAGCACCCAGACAAUUUAAAACCUGAAGGAGAAUUCGUCGGCAAGCCCAAGGACGACUUCACGCCUACUAAAGGCGAUAGGGCAGUGGUCAAGAGGCCGGAAGACAAUCUAAGGCCAGAAGGUCCCUUCGAAGGUCGUCCUAAAGAUGACUAUCAACCUGUCCGUGGUGAACGUGUCGAGAUAGUAAAGAGAACUGACAAUCUUCGAAUGGAAGGAGACAUCGAGACCUACAGGUCCAGGGAUGAGUUCUCGCAGUUCUUGAUCCAUGAGAGGGCGGAAGUAAUGAAGUACCAGGACAACCUCCGCAUGGAAGGUGAGUUCACCGACGUCAGAACUAGGGACGAUUUCAAAGUAGUUAGGGGUGAACGUGUGGACAUUGUCAGACAUCCGGAUAAUUUGAAACCGGAAGGUUCCUUCGAAGGUCGUCCGAAGGAUGACUUCAGUCCGAAGAAAGCAGAGAGGCCAGAAGUCAGGAGACCUGAAGAUAACUUGAAGCCUGAGGGAGAGUUCAUUGGCAGACCGAAAGAGGAGACACCAACGAAAGGUGAAAGAGCGCCGAUUAAGAAACCUGUGGACAAUUUGAAACCCGAGGGUGAAUUCGAAAGGCCUGAGAAGACACCAUUUGGUCCAGCUGAAAGAAGAACUCCAAUCAAGCAUUCUGACAACUUGAGACCUGAAGGCGACUUCGAGAGACCGCGACCAGAGGAAUUUAGACCCGCUGAGAGGCCAAUUGUCAAGAAACCACAAGACAAUCUUUAUCCUGAAGGUGAAAUCGAGAUGCCAGAGAGGAAACCGUUUGGCCCGGCUGAAAGGAGGACUCCGAUCAAACACGCGGACAACUUGAAGCCUGAAGGAGAUUUCGAGAGACCUCAGCCGGAAGAGUUCAAACCUGCUGAAAGGCCAGUAGUGAAGAGACCGGAAGACAACUUGAAGCCGGAAGGUGACUUCGUUGGACGUCCGAGGCAAGAAGCUCCGAAGAGAGGCGAGAGGGCUGAUGUCAAGAAACCGAGGGACAAUCUCUAUCCAGAGGGAGAAAUAGAGGUACCAGAAAGGAAACCAGUUGGUCCUGCUGAAAGGAGGUCACCUAUCAAGCAUUCGGAUAACUUAAAACCCGAAGGAGAAUUUGAAAGGCCGCGACCUGAAGAAUUCAGACCCGCUGAGAGGCCAAUCGUCAAGAAACCCCAGGACAAUCUGAAGCCUGAAGGUGACUUCAUCGGACGGCCGAAGGAGGACACUCCGCUAAAAGGUGAAAGAGCAGAUGUCAGAAGACCAGAGGACAAUCUGAAGCCAGAAGGAACCUUUGAGAGGCCUGAGAGACAACCGGUAGGUCCCGCUGAGAGAAGAAGCCCUAUUAAACAUCCAGAUAACCUGAGGCCCGAAGGCGACUUCGAGAGGCCAGAAUACGAACAGUAUAGGCCCGCUGAAAGACCUGAAGCGAAGAAGCCCAAGGACAACUUGAAGCCGGAAGGAGAGUUCGAAAGACCGGAGCCGAAGAAGAUUGGUCCAGCUGAGAGAAGGACCCCCAUCAAACACGCGGACAACCUGAAACCUGAAGGUGACUUUAUAGGAAAGCCAAAGGAAAAAGCUCCGAAACGCGGAGACCGUGCAGACGUGAAGAGACCUCGGGACAAUUUGCGGCCAGAGGGUGAAUUCGAGAGGCCAAGUAAGUCUCCCGUUAAGCCAGCUGAGAAGAGGACACCCAUCAAGCAUCCGGAUAAUCUUAAACCAGAAGGAGAGUUCGUUGGUAGACCCAAGGACGAUUACAAGCCGACGAAAGGGGAACGCGCUGAUGUGAAGAGGCCUGAGGACAACUUGAAACCCGAAGGUCCAUUCGAAGGUCGACCGAAAGAUGACUUUGUCCCAGUUCGGGGUGAGCGUGUCGAUAUUGUGAAACGUACGGACAACCUACGAAUGGAAGGAAACAUUGAAACAUAUAGGUCCAGAGACGAAUACACUGACUUCUUGAUUAGAGAGAGGGCAGAGGUCACCAAGUAUCAGGAUAAUCUACGAGUAGAGGGAGAAUUCACGGAUGUGAGGACACGAGAUGACUUCAAGGUAGUCAGGGGCGAGAGAAUGGAGGUGGUGAAGCACCGGGACAAUCUAAAACCAGAGGGUCCGUUUGAGGGUCGUCCUAAAGAUGAUUAUUCACCAAAGAAGGCGGAAAGACCGGAAAUUAGAAAACCCGAGGACAAUUUGAAGCCUGAAGGAGAGUUCGAGAGGCCAGAGAAAGCACCUGUUGGUCCUGCGGAGAGACGAUCGCCAAUCAAACAUCCCGACAACUUGAAACCCGAGGGACAGUUCGCGCAGAGGCCUAAGACACCGACACCUACCAAAGGCGACAGAGCAGCAGUGAAGAAGCCUAAAGAUAAUCUACGUCCCGAAGGUGACUUUGACAGGCCAGUGAAGUCUCCGGUUGGUCCAGCUGAAAGAAGAUCACCUAUCAAACAUCCGGAUAACUUACAUCCAGAAGGUGACUUCACUGGAAGACCUAGACAAGAUGCACCGACGAGAGGCGAACGCGCUGACGUGAAGAAACCGAAGGACAAUUUGCACCCCGAAGGUGAAUUCGCGAAGAGGACACCUCAGAAGGUUGGCCCAGCCGAGAGACGUACACCCAUUCGUCACGAGGAUAAUCUACAUCCUGAAGGUGAUUUCUACGUCUCACCCAAGGACGACUUUGUCCCAAAGAAGGGUGAACGUGCGCCUGUUAGAAGGCCUCAAGACAAUCUCCGACCUGAAGGCGAAAUGGAGGUUAGCCCAUCCUCUAAGGAUGACUAUAGACACGUGAACGGUGAACGUGUGGAGGUUCGUCGUCACGAGGAUCAUCUGAGAAUGGAGGGUGAGAUCGAUGUUCGUCGAUCUCGUGAUGAUUACAAGAGGAUCACUAAAGUGGAGAGGGUGGAUGUGAGGAAGAGGGAAGAUAACUUGAAGAUAGAAGGCGAAUUCACUGAUAUUCGCCGCAGGAACGACUACACACAUAUGGUCGCUGACAGGACACCUGUCAAAAGGCAUCCCGACAACCUGCGCCCUGAAGGAGACUUCGAGCGUCCUCAAAAGACGCCGCUGGGUCCUGGCGAACGUAGAACUCCUAUCAGACACCCGGACAAUUUGAAGCCUGAAGGUGACUUCGAAAGAAGAACACCUGAGAGGGUUGGUCCUGUUGAGCGUCGGUCCCCUAUUCGUCAUUCAGAUAAUUUGAAACCGGAAGGAGACUUCGUUGCCAGGCCACGAGACGAUUUCACACCUAAGAGGGCUGAGAGAGCUGAAGUGAUUCGCCGGGAAGAUAACCUGAAGAUGACAGGUGAAUUCCAGGAUACUACUUCUCAGAGAUCUACUUACACUGUUGUUCGUGGUGAGCGGGCGGAAAUCAAGCGCCACGAAGAUAAUCUGAAGCUUAGCACCGGGACCAUGGAAACAAAGACUACUAACAGGGACACCUUUACGCCUACCAAGAAGGAAGACUCUCCAGCUGGUAGAACCACCAGCCGCAAACAUCACAUGGAAUCGUCGAUCACUCUGGGUGACGAUCACGCAGCUAUGAGCACGAUGACCACUCAGAGGAAUUACAACACGUUCACCAAACGCACUGCCAAGGAGGUAGCCGCGAAGAUCAGCAGCAUGGAAAUUGACACUAAGAGAAACGUGUCUGCAGAGUCCAGAACCCUAGAAAACGGUACCACGGUCACCACUGUAAGAAAGACUACCCACUCCGGCGAAAGAAUUUCGUCCUCUCAAAAUAUUCAACAACACGGUCAACAGGUUGUAUCCGAUCAUCGCGCCAUUCAACCGUCCGAUGGUCCUCAUUCCGACUCCAGGAGGUCUCUAACCAAUCAGCAAUACACAAACGAACACCACCAGAGGGUACAUUCCAGCGAGCAACAUUUAAGAUCUCAAAAUCUAUCUCACAGUCGACGCGUUGUAGACGACAGGUCCUUGAUGGAUGCCCAGACUCAGCGUAGUCAUACCAGUGAAAGCAACCAGCGACAACUGGAGAGACACCAAGAGUCCAGCAAGCGAGAUUACGUUAAUACUCAACAUAUAGAGUCUAGGCAAUCCUCUAGCAGGCAGAAGCAGCUGCACGAGCAGCACACUGUCUCCAGCCAGGCUCGCUUCAACACGAGCCAGUCCAGCAGCAGCGCCGAGUUCAGGCAAGCAAUCAGUGGCCAGUCUAUAGACAGAUCGCAGGUCGACUCGGCUCUGACGAAGACGAGCCACCACAGGAAGAACGUGAUCUCUUCGUCGUCAGCAGAUGUCACUAACUCAGUGCUGCACCGUCGAGGUGUCACCACGUCUACGGAAGCUUUGCAUACUAUUUCCUCCACAGCUGCUGAUCAGAAGAAGAGCAUCUCGAAUCUUGCGGAAAGCGGCCAGUACAUCAGCAACUCGAGCCAGAGCAGCGACAGGAAGAGCCUGACCUCUUUGCACAGGAGCAAUAAAGAUGUAAACCCUUGGGCGUCCUCUUCGUACGAACGUCCGCAGAGAAUAGUCAGACAGGAUAACCUGACAGUGGGUGGGAAAUUUUAUUCGCACAGCGAGGCGAAGAAUUACGGCAACUUCAGCAGCCAGAAGGUCGAGAGGGUCCACAGGCAGGCGAAUGUGUCUCACAUCAGUUUAGGGGAUGGGUCCACGGUUACCUCUAGCAUGUAUAGAAGGGAGUACGCGCCCAAGCACAAGGGACCUUGCCCUGCCGCCCUGAUUGAAGCGAAACAGGCGCCGUUCAAGCACACCAGGGACACUCAGAAGCACAAGUUCUACAUGCCAGUUGUCACUAAUUAAGAUUCCAUCACGGCCGUUUGAUUGAGGAUACGGAUAUCAUGAGUCUCGAAAUUGAUUUUUUCUUUUCUUGCUUCUCUUUCUGGUUGAUCUUUUAUUCCAGGAGAAUAAGAAUUAAUUUAGUUUCCUUUUUUCCUGAAUUUGGAAGGUCCAAUCGACUCAUGGAUUUUGCAUUUGACAAUGAUGAAAUUAGGAUCAACAUUUACGCUGCGAGGUUUGACAAGGAUGAUUGAAUGAAUUAUUCGACUUGUGUCUACGUUUUGUUUAAAUUCACUGUUAGAUUACGGAUUUUUGUACCAUCGCGAAGUAUGAACACCUGCGAGAAGCGAUGUUUAAUGAAAUUGAACAGUUUCGUUCUUAAUUUUCGGAUUCAGGAGAAGAAUUUGGAGAAUUCAGUGUUUUUUUUCAAAAUAGCGAUUUUCAAGAAUACACGAAGGAAGUAACUAGCAGCGUAAAGGUUGGAGAAGUUCGAGGGAAUAGCGGGCUAUGAUAAAUUCGCGUCGUUCGAGCGAUAUUCCUUUUCUGAGAGUGUAGAAUCGCGAGCCUACGUAUGUAAAAAUGUGUUCAUACGGGCAGGGUGUAAAAUAAAAGAGAAACAUUUGAACCUGAAAGUUGUUCAAGGAAUCACGCGAACUUCUGAGACGAGGUUUGUACACGUACAAAGAUUUCACGUCUCAGAAGUCGCAGCAAAUAUAAUAUAAACUUGAUUACGUUAACGUAAACUUCACUUUACACCCUGUAUAAAAAAGCCACUUUUAUCCUUUGGGAAAGGAUACGAUCAGACUGCGAAUUACGUACACUUAUAUGAACACGAACACGAUAAAAUCGGAGGUUCGCGUAAGGAAGAAUAAAAUUUCUAUUUCAUAUCGAGUGUAAUGGAUAUCUGAGUAGAUAAAGUAAAUUAUUCUUUCAUAUUUGUUUAUAUUAGUUAUAGAAUACGCGAAUGAGAAUUUUUGCAGUUGCGAAGAGAACCGUCGCAAGCCGCAUACUUUCCAAUUAAAGACACAAGAAUCAAGACUUAUUACAUCAAUCACCUUUCUAAUUUUCAGUCUACAAAUUCUACCGAUUCGAAGAAAAUUUAUUUCUUAUAAAAUUGUUUGAGUUCACGUAAAGUUGAAGUUCAGUAUUCUCACAUUUGUGUUCGCGAGGGAAGAGAAUUCUCUUUUAGUACAUCGAAUGUCGUGGGGGUCAUCGGUGACUCCCAACAAAUUCGAAUUACCAUAGUUCACUCAAUUAAACAAUGAUUAUUUGAAAACAUUUCUGUAUUAUAAGUAAUGCUACCUAAUACGGCGAUAUUCAGCUAAAUGAACGUGCAAUGAUAAUAAUGCAGUUCAAUCGACUGAUUAAAUAUUAUAUUUUUUCCAUUUUCUGUAUUUUGCUCUAUGAAAUCAUGCGGCAUGGAACGUGUUAAAAACGCAGCUUGCGACGCGUUCGGUGCCAAACGAGUGGCAGGUGGAACGUUGGACUGUGAGAGCGCGUAGAUCAAACUCGUUUAAGGUUUCGUUGAUCACUUUAAGCCACGUGUAUUACAAAGCAAUAACUAGAGCUUAAAUCCGUGAUACGAACGGGCCCACGUCCACGGUGACUCGGGCCCGUUCACACUUAGAAUAGGUGGUAGCGUUUCUGUCCGCUUCGAUUUUAUAUUCAAUAUUCUUCUACCCUGCUGGUAAUCGUAUCGCAUCGACCCUCCCACGCUUCCCCUAACACCAUGGAACCCUGCAUUAACAUACAUUCUAAGGAAUAAAAGUUGUAACCGCGUGACAUGGGGUGAACACCCCUGGCUGGCGUCCGUCGUCGAUUAUUAUUUCCGUUCUUUUCUCUAUAUUUUUGUUUCUAUGAUUUAAUUAUUACCUGUUUCGUUGUGUUCUCGAUCGAAUAAAGAUGUUUCGCAAUUAA